AAGUGAUUCGGCUUAUUUUACAUAUAAUAUAAAUACUAUUAAUAGGAAAAAAACCCUGGAAAAGUAUGCCAAAUCGAUCAAAUGAGCGUUGGUUCGUCAUCGUAACAUUGGCUUCAUGGAACUUAAUCGCCGGUUUCGGGUUCUACGCCUACGUACUCGAUUGUUACGUAAACUAUCCACCUGAUCACCCGAAAAGGAUGUUUAAAUACCACACUUUUCCCGGCACCAUUGACUACGAUAUUGUUAUAGGCGUUACUGUCGUAAUGCUUUGUCUGAUAGUAUCUUCUAUAUUGUUGUGCCUGGCCUUAAAUGAGUCCAGAAGGAUAUGUUUGAUUUACGGCAUUUUUAUUAGCGUGACGUUUCCCUGCGCCUGUCUUCCGGCUUGGCCUUUAGCUGUAACUCACGUCACCCUCGCUUUAGUAGUCCUUAGUUACUACUUUGAUUAGUGCAAAAUUAUUCGAAGUUGCUAAAGAUGGACCUGUACAUCAAUAAAAAAUCAGUUUCAGCCUGAAA